GAUGGAGUUCUCCUUGAAAAUAUGCACGAUUUACCGUACAUUCAAUCUAAAGAUAUGGGUCCCGAAGUGGUCUCAGUAAUGACAGCAAUAAGUACAAAUGUUCGAGCUCUGUUGUCACCUAAUAUUCCAUGUGGUAUUCAGGUCCUUGCUGGUGCAAAUCCAGAAGCAAUCGCCAUUGCUCUUGCUGCUAAAUUGCAGUUUAUCCGCGCAGAAGGUUUUGUCUUUAGUCACGUAGCCGAUGAAGGAUGGAUUGAUGCAUGUGCUGGGACAUUGCUACGAUAUCGCCAUUCU